AUGAGUGAUUAAGAUGAUAGAUAUCAAAGAGCAUUAAAUAAUGAAUUUCAAUCAGAGUUUCUAUAAUUUGAGAGUCAAAGUGAAACUAAAGGAAUAGAUGUAAGAGAUCAAUUUGGAAAAAGAUUACAUUAUUGGAGGUAAUGAAUAAUUGAAAUUAUUAAAGUGCAGGAGAUAAUAUAUAUAGUGUUACAUUUAAAAAGAUUAAAACUAGAUUACAUUGGUUAUUCAAUCCUGACACAUAUGAUAAAUAAACAAAGAAGCAAAUAUAAAGACAAGCAUAGUUAUAUAAUAUCUAAAUUAUAUUGGGAAUUAUUUUUGUAUGUCUAACAUAAUUAUCAAGAUAGUAGCACCUUUAUCUAUUGCUAUUACAGUAAUUUAGCCAAGAGUAGCAAGAGCUAAAAGAGAAUUUUUAAUGCAUUAAUACGAUAAAAUAAAGUAGAUUAUUUAAUUUAUAUAUAUUCUAGUAUGAUUUCUAAAGCCUUAGGAGUUAAAUAAUAAAAAAUGGAUUUUAAUACAUUAAAAAGGUUUCUUUAUAAAAAAGAAGAAUGA